ACCAACAAACCAACCGACAAACCAAAAGCCAACAACUGCUCGAUAAAGAGAAUUCAAAAUAUAAAAAGCCCCCAAAAACAAAAAUCAACGGAAUUUCCGGCAUUUUGUGCCUGAGAGAUUCUGAUUUUGAAUUCGAAAAACCAAAUGAACUUUUUCAACACAAAUUUCAUUGGUCUGUGAUAAGUGAAGGUCAAGCAAAAAGAGCGAAUUUUUUAUGCAAAAUUAAAAAGCAACCACAAACAACACGAAGCGGAACAAACAAAACAGCAAACGGAAAGGAAAACCGCAGAAAGGCAGCAAUUCAAAUUAGUAAAAUUGUAGAAAUUAUUUAAUGCCUCAAAUGAUUUGCGCAUAAAACUCGACAGCAUCGGCAGCAGCAGCAGCAGCAACAACAACAGUGCGGUUUCACACAAAAAGGCAGCUAUAAAAAUUAUUUAGCCAAAUUAUAACACAAUUUAUUUGCAUCAUCAACUGCAAGGCGGCAGGCAGGCACUUCAUUAAACAUCAAAGCAGGCUGUGUUUAACCGCAGAACGUGCGAAUUCCACACCGCAAUACCAGCAGUAACAGCAACAGCAACAGCAGCAACAGCAGAAACAGCAGCAACAAAAGCAACACCCACGGAAAGUGCAGCUGAAACAGGAAACGGAAACGAAAACGGUAAUACCAUGUUGGCCAUGCCCACUCUGAUGAUGCCAGCCACUGCACAGAUGACGCUCAGCAGUCAGCCCCUGUCGGUGGGCGCCAAGCCGUACGAGACCAAGCUAUUGGCCAUCCACCAGACGCACUUGCAACAGCAGCAGCAGCAACAGGCGCCCUCCCAGCAGCAGCAGCAGCACCAGCAGAACGGCAAGCAGCAGGCCCAGCAGAUGACCAUCGUCACCACUCAGCAGCAACAACAGCAGCAGCAACAGCAGCAGCAGCAGCAGCAGCAGCAUCCCCAGUCGCAGUCGCCACACCUGCAGCAGCAGCACUCGCAGCAGCAGCACUCGCAACAGCAGGCCGUGGCCGCAGCAGCCGCCGCUGCCGCCGCCCACCAUCAGCAGCAGCAGGCGGUGGCCGCCGCCGUCUGUGCCGCCCAGCAGCAGGCGGUGGUCGUCCAGCAGCAGCAGUACCAGAUCCACUCGCAGCAGCAGUCGCCCCAGCAGCAGGUGCUCAGCAUCUCGCCCAAGCAGGAACAAUUCCACAUCUUUGUCGGUGACUUGAGCUCAGAAAUUGAAACUCAGCAAUUGCGCGAGGCAUUCACACCAUUCGGCGAAAUCUCCGACUGUCGUGUGGUGCGCGAUCCACAAACCUUGAAGUCGAAGGGCUACGGCUUCGUGUCCUUCAUCAAGAAAUCGGAAGCUGAAAGCGCCAUUACGGCCAUGAAUGGCCAGUGGCUUGGCUCCCGUUCAAUUCGCACGAAUUGGGCCACACGGAAACCGCCGGCGAGUAAAGAGAACAUCAAGCCGUUGACCUUCGACGAGGUCUACAAUCAGAGCAGUCCCUCCAAUUGCACCGUUUAUGUGGGUGGCGUUAACAGCGCCCUCACCGCCCUCAGCGAGGAGGUGCUCCAGAAGACAUUCGCGCCCUAUGGAGCGAUACAAGAGAUUCGGGUCUUCAAGGACAAGGGCUAUGCCUUCGUGCGCUUCUCCACCAAGGAGGCCGCCACCCAUGCCAUCGUCGGGGUACACAACACAGAACUCAACGCACAGCCCGUCAAGUGCUCGUGGGGCAAGGAGAGCGGCGAUCCGAACAAUGCCCAGACCAUCGCCACCCAGGCACUCAAUAGCGCCGCCGCUGCCGCCGCCGGGUUCCCAUACGGCUUAGGGGCCACUGCUGCCGCCGCUUACGGCCAGCAGCUGGCGGCCACCGGCUGCUGGUACUCACCCACACCCACAUACCAGGCCUCCUCGGCCACGGCCACAGCUGUGACCCCGGCGGCGGCCAGUGCCGCUGCUGUGCAGAACCAAUUCCUGCAGGGCAUCCAGGGCUACCACUUUGGCCAGUACGGCGGCUAUCAGCAGGGAUAUAUGGGCAUGGGAGUGCAGAUACCGGCCACCUGGCAAGGCGUCACCCAGGCCCAGAUCUCUCCUGCACAGCAAAUGGCAACGGGCGUGGCCGGGACUGCCAUACCGCAGGCCGCCGGUGUGGUCGCCUACCCGAUACAGCAGUUCCAAGUGAGCCCACAGGUUUAUCCUUUACUCUUGCAGGCACAGUAAGCGCAAAACCAAAACACGAAUAAGCCAGUUAAAAGCCAAAAAAUACCAUACCAAAUUUUUCUAGUACAGCUGCUAUUCUGAAACAGAAACAAAACCAAAACCAAAACCAAACUGAGCUGUAAAUAAAAUGCGAAGCGCAGAACCCAAAAAUUGCGAAACCCAUUGAUGGCGAUCUUAGACAGCUGCACCCCGCCCCAGAAAAAUCUAUGCUAAAGCUAAAUGCAACACACAAACACACACCCAAACAUACAUACAUAAUAAUUAUACA